ACCAAUUUAACCUUUUUAUAUUAAAAAACUAUGAAAUAUAAUUAAUUAAUAGGGAUAAUAUGGUACAUUGUAAUAUAGAAACAAAAGAACAAAAAUUUAAAAAAUGUUGAAGGAUGCUGUAUUCUAGUGUGUCUCUUCAAACUAGGGUUUAGUUCUAGAGUAAUAAUAGGAGAAGGUUCUAGAUUUCCUAAUUGUAUUCAGAUUUUAUUACCUUGUAUGCACUCUGUAAAUCCCUAUAUAAAGGGCUCCUAUUAUCAAUAAUAGAACACACAAUUUCUCUCGAAUCAUAUUUUCCUACAACACGUUAUCAGCACGAGCCCUAACCCUGAAACAAAUAACCAAAACCCUAAAACAAGUCGAAACCCUCAAACCCUAAUUGCCUCCGCCUCCCAACUAGUAGCCCCCGACCCAAGGAGUCCGGAACUGGCAGCAACACAACCAAAACCGGCCGGAAACUUACCGAACUGGCCGCGGAAGCCCCAAACCAUCCGCUGCGAUCUCUCCACCGAUUCACCACCUUCCGGACACCUAAUUGCCACCAAAUUUUGUCAACAGCACCGUCUCUGUCUUAGGAUUUAGGAACCGGAAGCGAUACUCCAAGAACCAGUCCAGAAGCCCCUGAACCGGCGGUCACACCAACUGAUCCUCCUGCAGAAAAACCGGCAGAAACGACUUUUUGCCCAGUUUUUCCUGUUUCGGCCAAUACCAACUGUCGCAAGCUCCUAGCCCUAGCUAGCCAUACCGUGCGCUGCCCCUACAGUCCCUGCGCACCCAUGUGCCGCCUGCUGCCCCUGCAGCACCGCCGCAUGCCUGUUGCAUCCUCCUCCUCUCACCUUUCCUCUCGUUCCUGUGCAUAUCAGUCUGCUUGCAUGCUCCGAAACGUCUAGUUUGGGAUCUCUGAUCAAAAUUCUUUCUUCAUCAAAUUGUUCACCUCUGUCUCUUCUAUCUAAUCUCCAAAUUUCAGCCCUAUUGGAGUUGUUUUGGGACCUGUACAUCAAUCCAAGUGGGAGCUGUUCAGAAGCGAAUCUGCUCCGAAUUUCAACAAGAUGUCGAACUCGAACGGACUCAAUUUUGUUCCAUUGGAUUAUGCAGGAAAAAGAUACCUAUUGUGGGCUCAGGACAUUGAGCUCCAUCUUAUUUCCCGUGAUCUAUUGCACACAAUCCAAGAGCUUUGUUCUGAAGGAACUGCUCCAGACCCUCAAACUGAGAUUGACAAUUCCAAGGCACUUGCCCUAAUGAUGCAUCAUAUGGAUAGAGAACUCCAGUUUGAGUUCAUGAAUGAGGAUAGCGCUAUAAAUCUAUGGCAAGUGCUUCAAGAAGGUUAUGGUAAUGUUCGUGACUCCAUCCUUCUAGAAGCAGAAUGGAAUGAUCUUCGCUUCUCUAAAUUUGAUAUAGUCAUGCAAUUUUAUUUGGAAGCUCGCCGCAUCAAAGCAAUGAUGCGCAUCUGUGCCAAGAUGAUCACAGAAGACCAGUUGAUUGAGAAAACCCUCAAUACUUUCCUUGUCUAUGCUAUGGGGUCCUCUAAUUUAUUCCUGAUUCAUGUAAACGCAAGACGGAUCACAAGUUUUCAACAGCUUAUUGAAGUUAUGGCCACUGCUAAAAGACAUGGCAACGAGCUUGUGAGAAAAGAAAUUGAUAGGAUUCGAGAUGGCGACCAAGAGCAUUGUUCCAGGGCUAGAGAAAUUCGCCAUAGAUGUCAUGAUCCAUAUGAUCGAAAGGCUCAUGAAGGUAAUCGCCAAAGGCGACGAUCACGCGACAGUAGAAGCCGUGACUUUGAGAGACGAAGAGUUGGAAACCAUGAAGCCAACAUUGGCCAUGGUCAUAAUUUUCCAAUGCCUCAGGUCCUAAGGACCAUGCACAUUGCGCCAAUGCGCCUCAAUCAAGGGAGAAUCCUCUUCAUGGUGUCUAUUUCGAACGUCUGAUCAAUAGACCUAAGUUUGCAAUGUACAUAAGAAGGAAGCCACCUCAUGGUGAUCAAGACAUUGAGUCAAAGAAGACUUCAAAUCUGGCGAUGAAGAUAAAAUGCU